GGCGUGCAGGAGCGCUGGCGGGCGCGGGCACCCUGUGUAAAGAGCACGCCCUCACCGCCCUGCUGGUCUGCGCCUCGUGGGACGUAAUCCGCCACAGGAAACAUAUCCGCAGAUUACUCCAGGGGCGGGCUGGCGACAGCAGCAGCAGGGCUCUGGCAGCUCUCUUCAGAAGACUCUUCUGGUUAAGCCUUAUAGGGGCGGCCAUCUUGCUGUUCCGUCUAUGGAUGCUGCGAGGGACGUCACCUGUCUUCAGCGACCAAGACAACCCAGCCUCCUUCGCCCCUUCCCGUCUAACACGGGUGCUGACCUUCUGGUAUCUGCCGGUGUUCAACGCCUGGCUGCUGUUGUGCCCGUGGACGCUGGCGCACGACUGGCAGAUGGGCUCCAUCCCGCUCAUCACCUCCAUCAUAGACACCAGGAACAUCGCUUCUCUUUUGUUCUACGGCGCCCUUGUACUUAUACUCAGAGCUGGAUGCUUGAUGAAGGGCCAGGAGGGGCAGGCGUUGCUGCUGGGGCUGGCGCUGCUGGUGCUGCCAUUCCUCCCGGCCACCAACCUCCUCUUUACCGUCGGCUUCGUCAUCGCCGAGAGGAUACUCUACAUCCCCAGGAGCGGUAGUUGUACCGCCGUCAACACAGAUCAAAAGGCAUUAGCAACAAAACGAGCAGAAAUAUUCUAG